AUGGAGGCGGGCCUUCUAGUUGGCCGGGAGAUUGGCUCCUCCCCCGAGUCUGUUACCGUGGAAGCCUGUGUCUCAGACAUUCUGCUCAAGGUACACACACACACACACACACACACACACACACACACACAGAGAGAUCAGUGACUAGUAGAGUAGCUUCUGAUUGGCUAAUCUUUGUGAUUGACAGGAGGUGGAUGAAACUGGGGCUGAGGUGUUCUCUGUGCUCCUCCCCUCGGGCACGCCCCUUCCUGCUCGGCGACAUCACAUCCUGUCCGGUCCCGGCCGCCUGGCAUCCCUCUGUCUGGAGCUUUACCAGAAAACCACAGAGCAGCCAGAGAGACUGGCCAAGGUACGUGUACACACCACACACACACACACACACACACACACACACACACCACACACACACACCCUCCACCAGAGAACCAACAGGUCUCCCUCUUGUCUGCAGAUUGUUCUGAGAGACCUGGAGACCAAAGAGGACAACCAUGACAUUGAUGCCGUGGUAACCAUGAAGAGGUAACGCCCAGCAGCACACUGCUUCCAGCUGUGGACUGGACCCGGUGUCUGUGUGUUUACUGGGUCUAACCAGCUGUGGACUGGACCCGGUGUCUGUGUGUUUACUGGGUCUAACCAGCUGUGGACUGGACCCGGUGUCUGUGUGUUUACUGGGUCUGACCUGUGGUGGACUGGACCUGGUGUCUGUGUGUUUACUGGGUCUAACCAGCUGUGGACUGGACCUGGUGUCUGUGUGUUUACUGGGUCUAACCAGCUGUGGACUGGACCUGGUGUCUGUGUGUUUACUGGGUCUAACCAGCUGUGGACUGGACCUGGUGUCUGUGUAUUUACUGGGUCUAACCAGCUGUGGACUGGACCCG